AUGAGGCUACCAACGGUGUUUCUAUUAGUUGUUUCCUGUGCCCUGGGAUUCGAACAGGAGUCCUGCUAUCUAUCUGAGGAAGAGGAGGAUCAGUGCGCUUCGGUGUGUUAUCCCAUUGUUAAACCUUUAUUAAGAUACUUUGAGGUUUGCCAGACGAAGGACAGGACGAAUGCAGAGCUGCAGGAGAAAUACUCGAAGAUUGAGGAAAAAUAUGUAACACUUGUGGAAAACUAUUCGAAAAUUAAGGACGAACUGAAUAAAGUUAGUCUCGAAAAUAAGGACUUGCAAGCAAAGAAAGAUCUGGAAUUUGAAAAGCAAAAAGUUCAAAUCGAACAACAAAGUACUCGAAUUAUUCAACUGCAAGAUGAAAUAUCUGAUCUGAAAAAGUCAUGCGAACUGAGCGUGCUGAAGAAUCUGUUUAGUGAAGAAUUGGAAAAGCUACAAAAAAUAACAAAAAGCGGCCAAGAGGUUAUAAUUGAAAAAGAAAACAAUGACAGCAAAGUAAACUCAGUGACGAAAAUUGAAGCUACUAACACUACUACGAGUCCGUCGAAUUCAGAAAAACCAAUCGAAAUCCUACCAGAUCGUUGCCCAGAAACCCAAGAUGAUAUGUUUUCCUACCCAGAAAUCCAAAUCCCAGGAUUGGAACCUUUUCAGGUGCGUUGUUACUCAGAUGAGAAGAUUGGAUCUGGGUGGAUGGAGGUUUAUUGGAAACAUGAAAAUUCAGAGGAUUUUAAUCGUACAUAUGAGGAGUACAUCAACGGAUUUGGAAAACUGUGGCGUCAAAAGUUCAUGGGACUUGAAAAAUUACAUAUUUUAACUAAUUGGAAGCCCCAUGAGGUAAGAAUCGGUUAUCUAGUGCAAUGCAAAACCUUCGUUGUGGGCGAUAAGAGCGAAGGCUACAUGCUGAAGAAGAUUGACGGGUGUAUUAGAAAUACAGAGAAGUUCGACCUAAUCCAGGGCACCAAGUUCUCAACAAAGGAUCGAGAUGAGGACGGUAAUCCGAAUCACCAUUGGGCGAAGGAAGUGGGCUUUGGCUGGUGGGUCAGUUCUGGACUGGAUUAUAAUGUUAAGGGCGAGGCAAUUUUAAUGCAAAUCCGAAGAAAAGAUUAA